GAAUGCAACAUUUACAAACACAAUCACAAAUAAAUCCCCACCUUCACGAUUGGCUUGUACUUGUCAAAAGAGUACCUCACGACGGCCUAAUUUAACGAUCUAUAACGAAACUUUCUUACGAAUUAACGAAUUAUACCAAUCUCCAUAAUGCAAGUUCCAUUCAGCAAGAAAGAAGCAAAUGAUGCUCUUACUCAAGACGAAAAGCCUGCCGCUCUGUCAGCUUUUCUCAAUCCUCCUUCGCGUUUGAUCAACUUUAAUGUAAAGACUCAAUUAUUAUCUCCUCAACAAGUCAGUCAAAAAGUUGCAAGUUUACUCAAACCCGGACCACCAUUUUACUCUGAAGUAUCUUCGGCAGAUUUGAUUGAAUGUUUAUCAAAUGGCUCUUUGAUGCGUUGUGAUGAAUUACGUCAACAAAUCCAAAAAGAUUCUCAAAAGAAAGACAAAGGUUGGUUUAAAGGUGUUAUUGCAUCUAUACAACAACAAGAAGAUCAAUCACAACCACAACAACAAAAGCCAUGGACAGGCGUUGGAACGGUUUGGUCCGCUUUAGAUAGUUUACCUUCGGGAACUGCAGUUUUUGCAGUUCCGCCCGUUUCUCCAAACGGAAAGAUUGAAGCCGUUUCCGCCACUAAAGAUGAUAAAGGUGAUGAUGGAUUAUGGUCAACGAUCAUGUUCACAUGUGAUUUAGACGGAAAGAAUGUCGAAUUAACAAAAUCUUGCGUAAUUCCAACAAAUGUGUUAGAUACGCAUCAUUAUUAUAACGGUAAUAAAUCCGCUUUAUUUACCGCCAUUGGUGCUGGAACAACAUACAAGUGGGAUGAUUGGUCAAAUGAACAACCUGCAAAUGUUAGUGUUGCUUCCUUUUUGGCAUUAUACACUACUCCUACCAUCGAAGCAUGGCAAUGGCCUUCUUGGGUACCUUACCUGGGAAAGAAGGAUGAUGACAAAGAUGCAGGUAAGGUCAGCAAGCCUAAACCCGAAGGAUCAAAACGUGUUUGGGUUCCUUCAACGACCCAAGUCAGCAUUCGUGCAAGUUGGUGGGGUUAUACGAUCUAUAUUCCUCAAGCUGUUUUUCCUGCAUUUGAUUCAGAUGUUGAACAAGCAGAAAAGAUUGCAAACCUUAUUCAUACAGUUUUGACGACAAUCUUGGAUAAAGCAAGUAGUUUACCCAUUCCUGUUGCAUUGCAAGCUGCAUUGUUGGUUUUAAAAGCAAUUGCUCCAAGUACAAGUUAUAUUUCAACAUUUAUCGGUUGGAGUUGGAAAGAAAUUAAAUCUUUCAAUACAGGUCAAGGCGUUGAAUUAUCCGCAACUUGGUUAUUGCCUAUCGCUUUAAUUCCACAUACUUGGGAUGCCGCCGUUGCACCGCCAGAUAAAAAUGGUGAUGGUACACCUGAUGGUCCUCCUACCACCACUCCACCUUCGGCUAAUGUGCCACAAACGGGCGGAGAUGGUGAUCUGAACGGCGAUGGAACUCCUAGUGGUACUCCCAGCACCAAUCAACCUCCUGCUAAUGAGCCACAAACAGGUGAAGAUGGUGAUCAGAACGGUGAUGGUACUCCUAGUGGUACUCCUACCACCACUCAACCUCCUGCUAAUGAGCCACAAACAGGUGGAGAUGGUGAUCAAUCUGCUCCUUCUCAACCUACUGAUGGAGACGCCCAACCGACAACACCUGCUCCUGAACAACCUCAACCGGCAGAACCAACUCCAUCCACUCCAGCUCCUGCUGAUCCGACCGUGGAAGACCCUAAGCCAGAAGAUCCAACCGCGGGAGAGCCCAAGACAGAAGACCCAAAACCGGCACCAGCUGAGCCUACAACUCCUGAAAUUCCAGCACAACCACCACAAGAACAUGCAACGUUGCCUGAUGCACCCGCAACCGAACAGCCUGCUACCCCUGCACCAACACCAGCUCCAGAAUCACCAAAGGAUGACGACAAUACGAUUUCUGGUGAUCCAUUGGGCAGUGGUAGAUUAGGUUUACCCGCAGUCGGUGAUGCUCCAGCGCCAACGCCUGCUGCAGAAAAUGAUGGAAUCGAAUGGCAAGAUCAACCUGCGGAAAUACCAGCUCCGCAACCUUCUACACCAGCUGCACCCACACCUGUGCCAGCAAAGCCUGCCUCGACGACGGAAACACUCGAAUCUGUUGCUCCUGUACCAGUAACCAGCACCGACAACACUACCGAAGCAAAAGGUAGUGAAAAGGUCAAAGCUGGUAAACGUAAAUUGUUUGGCAAGAUUACCAAUCGCGUUUAAAAGGAUGACGGAUGAUUUCGAUGAACGAUAUCCCUUUGCUAUUUUUCAUUAUACCACUUCUACUUUCUCAUCUCUUUACUCGAAAUGAAGAACUUUUUUUC